CGGGAGCGGCAGUGACAUUGAAGAGAGAGAGAGAGAGAGAGAGAGAGAGAGAGAGAGAGAGGUCGUUUUUGCGAAGUAGAUGGCAGAACGAGUGUAGGUAUCUGAGAGAGGCGAGAUUUCCAAUCUGCGGCAGGGCAGCUAAGAGCCUCAGAGGCUGGACAGCGAUGGGUAUUGCGUCGUUGAUGGGGUGUAUAAUGGUAGUGGUUUUCCUCUUGGCACCAUCCGAUGGCGUCAGCCAAUCAUGGAGAUCAUCAUGGCAGAUAGAAGACGGAGAUGAGAGACGACGAGAGGGAGGGGAGGCAUUGCGUCAUUGGGAUCCCGCUUGUGGAAGAAGUGGCAGGAAAGAAGGACAGUCGGGUGCUCGAUGGCGAUCCCGACUGUGGUUCUGGGGCCAAAAGCCGUCGGGAUUGCAUUGUGAUGAUGGGGGAGACGCCGAGGACGCGGCAAUGCGCAGGCGGAGGACGGGGAGUGCUGCGGCUGCUGCCCCGUGUCAAGCGUUGGCCUCGGCUACUCGAGCCGCCGCAAGACAUGGGAGAGAGCGGAUGGAAGACAAUCUCGGAGCGGGUGGCAGAUAUGCACGUGGUGAUCCUGGUGGAGAGGAGGAAGGAGAACUGGGAGAAGGGAGGUGGUCGCUGUUGGGAGCUGAAGAACGAGCGGGGAAACGAGUACUGCGAGAAGAUGAUACGGAGAUGGUGUUCAAUGUUGCAGAAGCUGAUGAUCCGCCGGCCUUGGGAGAAAUCAUGGUAGGCGAGAUGACGUGGGAAUCCGAUUCCAAUUAUCUGACUUCAUCGGCACAAGGUGGAAUGGGCGGCGGCGAUGGGCGCUCGCGCAUGUUGCCGGCCAUGACUAAGAAGAAGAGAGCAGCAGCUGCAGGUGUAGGCUUCGCAGAUGGAUGGAGAACGGAUAGCAUUACAGUCUUGCAAGGGGAAGGUCAGCAGAACGAGGCCGACGAGGAAAUCAUCCGGGUUUCAUUCGAGGGAAGUAAGAGUAGAAAUAGACAGUUGGAAGAGAGAGAGCAGCAGCAGCAGCAGCAGCAGCAGCAGCGACAGGACGACGAUGUCGAGGAGAGUGGAAGUGGAAAGAGAGAGUUGCACGGGGAAGGUCACCAGGAUGAGGCCGACGAGGUAAUCAUCCGGGUAUCAAAUGAAACGGCCCUCGUGGGAGCCGUGACAUCGACCCUGACGGCAGUCAAGUCGUCCGUGACGGUGAUCGUGACAGCGCAUUUGUCGUUCGCUGGGUGGAAGGAGGAGGCGGAGAUCCGGCUGAAUGUUGACGCCAACAUUACUGUGAUGGGCGACUGCGGACCACGACGCCGGUGUGUUAUCACUGGCUGCAUGAACAGGGGUUUCUGCUUCCGCCAUGAUGGGCAAUCAGGAUGGGGGUCUUUAUCGUGGUAUAAUUUCGAGUUUCGGUCAGCGUGCCUGCAGUUCAACAACACGAGACUGGAGCUGCACAACUGCGCCUUUCGCAGCGGCUCGCACUUGUCCAUCUCCUACCCACCCAGUCCUGGGAGAGAUGGAGAUGAUGGCAGCGAUGGAGGCGGCAGGGAAGGCGAGGAGGACGACCGGCUCGCUGCCGCCGCCGCUGGGUAUCCGAGACGGGGGGUGGUGAUAGACAGGUGCUUCUUCGCGGAUCUCAGCGGCGGGCUGCAGUUGAUGGGACUUCCCCGCUCCGUCUGCAUCUCGCGCUCUGUGUUCGUCUCCAAAAACACAUGGGAGAUGGCGCUGACGAUCUCUUGGACGGCCGUUAGGCGGGAAAAGAUUGUACGAAUCUUCGACUGCGAGUUUGGCCAGGUGGAUUCUCUCGGUACGUUGAAGACCGGGAACAUCAAACUCAGUGUCAAUCCGACUUCAACCUCCUCCUCCUCCUCCUCCUCCUCCUCCGUUACCCGCUCCUCCUCGCCGUCCUUAUCACCACCACAACCUCCUUCUCCUUCAUCAGCUCAUCAGUCGAUGCCGUCGUCAAUGGCUUGGGCAAGCGCCAUGACAGCUGCUGGAGGCGCUCUCGCUGGUGGCGGCAGCGACGACGGGCUUUCGGCUAUGGCCGGUGCACAUAACACAACGAUAUCGUUCGUGAACUGUACGUUCCAAAAACUCGGAUGUCAUCACGCCGUCAUUCGACUGGCAAUGCACCCCUCCUCCUCAACCCCUUCCUCCACCCCUUCCUCCACCCCUUCCUCGACCCCUUCCUCGACCCCUUUACUACUGGACGAGGGGGUUGUAAGCCCUCGCGUGAGAUUCUGCGGGGUGAAGUUCAAGAACGUGGCGGCGAUGGCGGACGUCAACGACGCGGAACCUCCGCCGCCGCCGCCGCCGUCGGCGACGAUGGAUGGUGAUCUGUCAUCGUUAUCAUCACCUGAAGCCGUCGACAUGGACGUUGAUUUGUUCGAUCCUGGAAAUCGGACAGUGGAUAUUGCGCAAUGCUCGUCCAGCAGCGGGGAAAAGAUGAUGGGUAGUGGUGGAGUGGUGCGCACGCGCGUCCGGAGGGCAGGAGGCGCUGAGCCGAUCAUUGAUGUUGAGAACAACACCUCUGGUGCGUGUGCUGAGUGCAGCAGCUGUCUCGGUUCAUGCUGCAAUGGCACCCGGAUCCCGAUCGAUGACGCAGCGGAAAGAUGGCCGCUCGAACCGUACAACGAUACGCCGUUGGCGCCGCGGGCGCAGGCGGCAGCGGGCGGGGCAGCGGGCGGGGCAGCUGGCGCUAUUCCUAGCGCAGAUGAAAAAGGCGGGAAACGAACGAAAAAAGGCGGCAAAUGGGACGGGCGCGCGGGGAAAAUAGCGUUGGUAGCGAUCGCUGUUGCGGCGGGAGGCGUUCUGUUGAUUGCCGCAGCAAGUCUCGGAGCGCUUGCCUGGCAGCGGCGGCGGCGGCGACGGGGCUCGGCGGGGGCGCACAGUUCGGACAGUCGGACAGGAAUUUCAAAAAAUCUCCCGCCAGAACUCCAGCGACUGCGGAGUUUCAGUUACGAAGAACUCAGCAAGGCGACGAACGGCUUCGUCACGUUCAUUGGGAGAGGCGGAGGUUCUGAUGUAUAUAAAGCCACGCUGGGAACCGGGGAGGUAGUGGCCAUCAAGUCGCUGAAGCGAGACCGGUGGCGAAGCGAGCGGGAGUUCCUCCAAGAAAUCAGCAUUCUGGGACGCAUUUCUCACAGAAACGUUGUCAUGCUCCUCGGCUUCUGUAGUGAGAAGGGUCGGCAUUUUCUAAUCUAUCAGUUCGAACCCAACGGCACACUACGAGAUCAUCUCCACCAUAAAUCUCUUUCUUUUUCUCCUCCUCCUCUUCCUCCUCCUCCUCCUCUUCCUCCUGCUGCUGCUUCUGCUCCCGCUUGGUCUUCUUCUUCUUCUUCUUCUUCUUCUUCUUCUUCUUCUCCUCCUCCUCCUCCUGCUUCUGCUCCCGCUUGUUCUUCUUCUUCUCCUCCUCCUCCUCCUGCUGCUGCUGCUGCUGCUGCUGCUGCGGCUUCUGCUCCCGCUUGGUGUUCUUCUUCUUCUUCUCCUUCUCCUCCUGUACCUCGUCCUUCUCCUCCUCGUCCUGCUGCUUCUACUUCUGCUGCUGUUGUUCUUCUUUCUCCUUCUCUGUCGUUUUCUGCUGCUGCUUCUGCUCCUGCUUGUUCUUCUUCUCCUCCUCCUCCUGCUGCUGCUGCGGCUUCUGCUCCUGCGGCUUCUGCUCCUGCUUGGUGUUCUUCUUCUUCUUCUUCUUCUUCUUCUUCUUCUUCUUCUUCUUCUUCUUCUUCUUCUUCUUCUUCUUCUUCUCCUACUCCUCCUGUACCUCGUCCUUCUCCUCGUCGUCCUGCUGCUUCUACUUCUGCUGCUGUUGUUCCUCUUUCUCCUUCUUUGUCGUUUUCUGCUGCUGCUGCUGCACCGAUUUCUCCUGCUUGUCCUUCACCUGGCUGGUUGGGAAGAGAGGAAAACUCGGAGGGUUUGGGCGCUCCACCAUCUCGGCGCGUCCUCGAUUGGCCCACACGAGUUCGAAUAGCCCACGAGGUGGCCAUGGCGGUUGAGUACCUGCACCACUCUCUCACCCCCGCGCUUGUUCAUCGAGACAUCAAGCCUGAGAACGUUCUUCUGCAAGGUGAUUUCUCUCCCAAGGUGGCGGAUUUCGGUCUCUGUAGGAACAUCAAUCCGGAAGUGAACAACUUGACGACGGUUCCCGCCGGAACGCUGGGCUACAUGGCGCCAGAGAUCUUCGAAGGCUUCUCGGUGACUCAGAAGGUGGAUGUUUACAGCUAUGGCGUCCUCUUGCUGGAAAUCAUUACAGGAAGAAGACCCUUUGGCCAAGGCUUCGCCUUGGUGCCUUGGGUUAAGCGUCAGGUCACGGACGAAGAGUCGGCCAAGGCUGUGGCCGACCCCAAACUGCAGGGAGAGUUUGAUGCCAAUCAGUUAUACAUGCUGAUCGGGCUCGCAAGGAGGUGUUUGUACGAUAGAAUGGAGCUAAGACCGACCAUGCGGAACGUCGUAAGAGCUUUUGAGAGAAUACGGGGCCUCGAGCACGAGACCGCCGGUUCCAUGGAGAUGCCGGCUAUGGAAGCAAAUUGGAGUCCAUGGCUGUCGCCAGCAGACGGGGCCCAACGGGAGAAGAAUGGCAACAACCAAGAUGGACACGACGAGGGUGAUCACUACAGGGAGGAGGAGGAGGAGCAGGACUGGGAGGAGGGGGUGGCGGAGACAGCAGCGGAGAUAGAGGAGAGGGAGGGGGAUGGUGAGGAGGCAUCCAUGGAUGGAAUUCGUGUUCGAAGCAGACGGGAGAGGAGAGGAGGGAACUGGAACUCUGAUGCUCAUAGUGUGUCGGACCCCUCUCUUGCAACUGUGUGGGCCUAUAGCAGUGACCUGACGCUAUGAGCAACUGUAAUGGUAUUUCCAUCAUGACUUCACCUUCGUAGCUUCGCAGUUGGGCCUCGCCGCACCCCCCACCAAAUGUGCAAAAUAAGAACAAAUCUUCGGCUAGAAC